GUGCUUUGAUUUUCUCAAUAACCAAACAGAUACUAUUCCUUUUUGAAAUCCAAAAACAAGAAAAAAAAAAAAAAAAAAAAAAAGACAUUCGCUUUCCAUGGAAAUAAGAAAUAAUGAAAACUAAAGAACAAAGAAAAUAGAGUAAAUAGAUUCCAGUUACGAUCUGUUUGGUUGGUGAGAUUCAUUCAUUCAAUUCAUUUGAUUUUUUCUUCCUCUGUUUAAGCUCGUGAUCUCUUUCUAGGGUUUUUUUUAUAAGGGGAAAUCGGAUAUUCUUGAUUGUAAAGUGUGAAGAAUUGAUUGUUUUUCAAAUGAAGAGGCGGCAAUGAGGAGAGGGGAAGAGAAAUGGAGAUUAGAUCUGAGAACAACAAUGUACAAGUGAGGUGCGACAAGAUUCCUAGCCAAUUGAUUCCUAGGACUCGCCUUCAGGUUUGGUUCUUUAGAGUUUGUUCCACCAUUUUUGUUUGGACUUGUUUGGUCCAGCUCGUUGCCGUUGGUCAGCUAUGGCACCCUCGUUUGCUUACCGGUUUAACGAACCGGAUUUCCAGGAUCACACGCCCUCCUCUUCGUCUUCAGCACGCGCUUCAUUCCCCUCCUCCUCUCGUUCCUCCCAGAAAUUAUAAAAGUAAUGGUUUUCUCAAAGUUUCAUGCAAUGGGGGAUUGAAUCAAAUGCGUGCUGCAAUCUGUGACAUGGUUGCUGUUGCCCGACUUUUAAAUCUCACUUUGGUUGUUCCAGAGCUUGAUAAAACAUCAUUCUGGGCGGACCCUAGUGAUUUUGAGGACAUUUUUGAUGUGAGACAUUUCAUUGAUUCUCUAAGGGAUGAAGUUCGCAUUGUCAAAAGGCUGCCAAAGAGAUUUAGUAGGAAACAUGGGUUUGAAGCUUUUAGGAUGCCUCCUGUUAGCUGGUCAAAUGAAAAAUACUACUUAGAACAGAUUCUACCACUGUUCGGUAAGUAUAAGGUAGUAUACUUCAAUAGAACAGAUGCACGACUGGCAAAUAAUGGGAUCCCGCUCUAUCUUCAGAAACUCAGGUGCCGCGUUAAUUUCCAAGGACUAAAAUUUACUCCUGAGAUUGAGACAUUAGGGUACAAAUUGGUUCGCAUUCUUCAAGAAAAGGGUCCCUUCCUGGCAUUGCAUCUAAGAUACGAAAUGGACAUGUUGGCUUUCUCAGGUUGUACACGUGGCUGCACUGUGGAAGAAGCUGAGGAGCUAAAACGAUUGAGGUAUGCAUACCCUUGGUGGAGAGAAAAAGAGAUAGUGUCUGAAGAGAAGAGACAACAAGGGUUGUGUCCUCUGACACCGGAGGAAGCAGCAUUAAUUUUGCAAGCAUUGGGUUUUGAUAAGGAGACUCAGAUUUACAUUGCUUCUGGUGAGAUUUAUGGCAGUGAAAGGAGACUGGCACCACUAAGAGCUGCAUUUCCUCAGAUUGUUAAAAAGGAAACACUACUAGAUCCAGUGGAACUGCAGCAAUUUCAGAACCAUUCAUCUCAGAUGGCAGCUUUGGACUUUAUGGUAUCAAUUGCCAGCAAUACUUUCAUUCCCACAUAUGAUGGGAACAUGGCAAAAGUUGUAGAAGGUCAUCGCAGGUAUCUUGGGUUUAAAAAAAGUAUCCUGCCCGAUCGAAAGAAACUCGUGGAAUUGCUGGAUUUGCAUCAGAAUGGGACACUUCCAUGGAAUGACUUUGCACUAGCUGUAAGACAAGCGCAUAAAAACCGGAUGGGACAGCCCUUCCAUCGUCGGAUCAUUCCUGACAAACCAAAGGAGGAAGAUUAUUUCUAUGCAAACCCUCAAGAAUGCCUUUGUGAGGGAACAAAUUGUGAAGACUUACUAGGCCUUGGUAACUCAAAUACGCUACAAUGACUGUGGGUGUUCGGAUCUGAAUCUCGGCUUGAAAUAGUUUCACACAAACUGUUUCUAAAUGGUGUGGAUGAUAAUCCAGUCAGGUUCAGGACAGAAUGCCCUAAACAACCAUGUACAGUGCACUCAAAAGAGUCCUCCAGCUCCCAUCUCGGCACCAAAAAAUUUUUUUUUCCCCUUUGCUUAUAAAUUUAUUUGUUUUUCUUUGACCUUUUUAUCUGUUGAUUGUAUUCAGCACUAUCACAUAAUUCGAAAGUCGAAUUAACGAAUAUUUGUACAAUUUCGUUGUCCGUCGUUCUUUUAAGUGCCCCGAUGCAAUGAUCCUCGCACCUGUCGAGUAAGGGUGAGCAAAAGUCGAUUUGAAUCAAUUAGAUCGA